GUAGUCAGGCAUAGAUAGUUGCUAUCUUUUGAGGCGUUCCGACUUCGAUUAUCAAUUCAACUAACCGCAAUAAUACUUGAAAAUAAACAUGAAACUGUGCUUGUUCAUGAUUAUCGCCUUCAUUGGCAUUGAAUUGUCUGCAGCCAAAUCCUAUUAUAUUUCAUCUCAAAAGGAAAAUUGGUUCAUAGCAAUGGGUGCUUGCCACUUCAAAGGUUACAAAUUGGCGAGCAUUGAAACCCAAUCGGAUUUUGAUAACCUUUGGUAUAAGAUUGGAAAUAGUGGUGAAAAAUUUUGGACUUCUGGUACGAGACUUGGUCAAGCAUAUGCCGGAUAUUCCGAUUCCAGUAAGACAUUUUAUUGGAUGGAAUCUGGUAGAUAUUUCAGCUACGCGAAUUGGGCAUAUGGUCAGCCAGACAACCAUAAUGGAAAUCAAGCUUGCGUUAUUGUGGAUGGAGCCAACGGAUUAAAAUUCGACGAUGCUGGUUGCUUAGAUAAUGAAUUCCGUUACAUCUGUGAAUACUAGAAAUCGUAAAUACACCGUUGGACAUCACUUCUCAAUACAAGCAUGUUGCACUUAACUAAGAACACUGUGUCUUUGACUAGAGGGAAAUUGACACCAAAGAAAUGUAGAAAAUAAUAUGUUUGUAAAAAUUCGCUUUUUGUCCCACACCAUUGUAUUUUACCUUAUAAAUGACAAUACACUUUGGAUAUUGAAUACAACCACAGAAAUCAUUCA